GCCACUCAUUACGAGAGCCACCCGUGCUCUGCAAUCAAUACAAAGAACCGGGUUUACAUUUGGGGCAAUUGCAAUGGUAUAAGCAGUAUAUAGUUUAUUGAAUGCUUAAUGUUACUAAACAAACAUUAAAAUUAAUUUUAGGCCAAUUGGUUGAGACACCAAUGCUCACUUUCUUCUCCUCAUUGGACGACGUUUACGCUGUUGCCUAUCCUCCAGUGACCUACCAACAAUUUCAAUUGAAAAUUAUGAAAGAUGAUGGCAAGAGGAAAGAUUCGUUAAAUGAACGUCUAAGAAAAGCGUUUGACGAUCCCGUCAGAUUUUCUAUUCACUCUUGGGUAGCUUUUGUUAUAUAUUUCUCGUUUUUCAGGAAACUGCUGAUUAUGCAUUCAUAUUCGAGAGCGGGGAGAAAAUUCACGUGCACAAGGCUAUGCUGAAUUUCGGCAGCGACGUGUUCAAAAAAAAGUUCCAUAGCUAUUGGGAUGAUAGUUCCAAAAAGGAGCAGAUUGUCAAGGAACACAUCAGCUAUGAAUCUUUCUACGCGUUCCUCAAGUACUUCUACACAGAUGAAGUUGAUUUCACGCCUGAACUUGCUCUUGACGUGUAUGCCGUAGCCGACUUCUAUCAGGUGAAGGGUCUGAUGAACGAGUGCGAAAAGAUCCUCAAAUCUGGCCUGACAGUGCAAAACGCUGCAGAUGUUUACGAGAAGGCCAUCUUUCUUGGAGCUAAGGACCUGUGCGAGUUCUGCUUUGAAUUUUGCAGGGAGCAUUUGGUUGAUGUCGUAGACGAUUUUGAGACUGAUGAAUGCAAGAAAAAAUUUGUCUUGGAAGUUUUCCGUCGAGCGGCUAAUCAAGAGAAAAACUGAUGGAAUGCUUUUUUUCCAUUGACUAAUUGUCAUGUGCUAUGCAUGUAUUAAAAAAAUACAUGUUUUAAAGUUUUAGUGUGGCAAAAUAUCAAG